AUGGCCCCUGAGUCUUGCCAAGAGGCUGAAGAAGCUGAGAAAGAGGCUUCCUUAUCCCUGGUGGACCAAGAGCCAGUCAAUGGCCACCUGCAGCCUCCAGCUGGCACACCCCAAGAACCAGUGGCUCCCACAUGCCCACAGGACACCAAGCCCAGCUCUCCACGGGUGGUCUUCUCCGUCAACCUGCAGGAAGGAAGGGAGGGAGGGGUGGUCAGCCCCUUGGGCCUGGUCAGCCAGAGGGCAGGGCCUGAUCGCUGGCACUGCAGGUUGGCCCCUGAGUCCCUGGACCCUCGAACCCUGCGGCUGCUGUGGGGUCAACGGGAACUAGAGAUCCAGGCCCUGCGGUGGGCCAUGCAGAACCACCAGGAUGCCCGGCAUUGCCACGUCCUGCACGAGGUGGCUGGACUUCCAUCUGAGAGGAGCGCACGCAAUCAGGAAAAGUUCCUGCAGAACCAGGUCCAAAAGCUGACUCUGGAGUUGAAAGAACAGAAGAAACAGGCCCAGCUGGAGAAGUCCCAGCUGGAGGAACGUCUGCUGCAGACCAUGACCACAAUGCAGCAGCUGGAGGCUGAGCUGCAGGCCUUCCAGAAGUCCUGCCUCCUGCAGCUGGCCCGCUCCUCCUGGGUGGGUCGCAUACUACGAUCUUCUACCGGCAGUGUGGAGGUGGUAACUGCAGAAACCCUGAUGGACUUCAGUGACCUCUCUGAGAGUGAACAGGGCCCCUCCACCGGGGAGGGUUUCCGGCUGGAGGACGUGGACUGGAACAGCAUUGCCCAGCGGUAUCCCAACCUCUUCAUCAACAUCGAGUCCAGCUCAGACCAAAAGCAUCCACGACCCCUGCCACCCCCGCAGUCCCCACCAUUGGACGAGUGGGGCUCGGAGCUGCGCAGACAGCGCAUGGAACAGCGUCUCAAGAGUGUCGAGUGGAGUUCCCUGCCCUUCGUGGGCACUAGCAGCUCGGGGGGCGUGGACUCCGACUCCAGCAGUGGCCAGCCGGCUGAGCAUUAUCGCAUGCAGAAAGUGACAGGACACCCACCCGGCACGCCAGGCUGCCAUUCUUCUGAGCUGACAGAGGCACGCUCGAGGAGCCUCAGCAGGGAAAUGCAGACACAGCCUGAAGCCUCCAGGGUCCAGCCCUCCUGCUCUGGAUCUGAAUCCGGGAGCUGUUCCUCUCCCAAGUGCACCCUCAGGGUGCUGCAGGUCGGUCUGGCCUCCCAUGAGAUGUCCACAGUGGAUGCUCCAUAUGGAGGUACCCCUUCCAACAGGGAGUCCUGUGCAGAUCCAGAGCACCCACAUUCUGCACACCGUUGGAGCCCAAUGGGUUCCUGCCUGAAGAUCGUGGCUGUUAACGGCCGGGAGAGGUUUGUGCGCGUCCUCAACCAGUCGCUGGAGGAGACUGCGGACCUGGGUGGCCUGAGGCUGCAGCAGCACCUGCAUGACUUCCCCGUGUGCACAUACCGCUUCCCGCCGGGCACGCUGCUGGCGCCGCGGCACCACAUCACGGUUUGGGGCGAGGGGCCCCGCAGCACCAAGAAGCAGCUGCCCUCUUCCUUGGGCCAGGAGCCCGUGCAAUUCCGCUCCAGCCGGGGAUGUGUGACUCUCCUCCUGAACCCCAAGGGCAAGGUCCUGAGCGAGCAUAAGGCCCGCCACUGCGUGUCCCCCAUCUCGAGGAUCUUCGCUGACAACACCGAUUUGUCCAUAGACCGCUUCCCGCUCUCAGAGGCGGGGCGUGGGGCUCACACCUGGGAGCAGAAGCCUGGGCCUCAACACUCCCACGCCGGCAGGGUGCGGGAAGCCCGGGCCAGACGUCGGAGGCCCGGGACACGGGUCCUCUUUCCCCGGCUGAGCACCAGCAAGAUCUUCCGCCCACGGGAGGUGCCAGCGCAGUCCGAGGCCGCAGAGACCCUCGCGCCGGAGCUCCUGCCCUCCAUCCCCGUGUUCCCCGCAGAGGCUGGGCUGUGCCUCGAGGACUGCCAAGCUAGGCAGGAGCACAGGGUCCGGGUAUGCCGGAAGAGGGUGGACCGGAGCUGCCCGAUGGUGGUGCUGUCGGUGCAGAGUGCGGCUGAGAGCAGAUACGGCUUCCGCUUCCUCCCCUGCCCGCCGGUCACCACCGACUGGAAAGCUCGGUUGUAGGGGGUGGAGGGCAGCGUGGGGGUGGGCACCAGGGACCGAGGGGCCGCGCUGGAAGAGAGUCGUGGGAGGCAGGCAGUGCCGACUGCAUAAUUUAUUGAACCAAC